CCUUUUUCUAAAACGCCUACCAGACUUACACUGCUCCUACUAAUUAAACCGCGUUUUCCAGUUAUCCCCCCUUUCUCACCACCUUCUCUCAUCUCAUCUCAUACUCAUACACGUAAAUCCAUGUUUAACAAUUUUCAAUUGUAUAAAUACCAUCCCCCACCUCCUCCAAUCCUCAUCCAAACAUCUCCUCCUCUCUCUACAACUCUCUCUCACUUCACUUUCAAAUGGCUUCUUCCACCAUUCUCAAUCUGCUAGCCAUUUUCUCUCUCUUGAAUGUGUGCUUCGCUUCAAGAGCAAUCCCCAGUUCUCUAGUUGAAGACUCACAAACCCAGCUGCUCAAAUAUCACAAGGGCGCACUUCUCCAAGGCAGAAUCUCAGUUAACCUAAUUUGGUAUGGCAAAUUCACCCCUUCUCAGAGGGCAAUCGUCGCUGAUUUCAUCACAUCUCUUACCCCUAAUUCAUCGCCAUCGCAAUCCCAGCCAUCCGUGGCGGCGUGGUGGAAGACCACGGAGAAGUAUUACCACCUCGCCACCUCCAAAAAGCCAUCCCUCUCUCUCUACCUCAACAAGCAAAUCCUCGACGAUUCCUACUCCAUCGGCAAAUCGCUCACGGAGAGCCAGCUUGUUCUUCUGGCAUCCAAGGGCGAGCAGAUGAACGCAAUCAAUGUAGUGCUAACGGCGUCUGACGUCGCCGUCGACGGUUUCUGUCAAAACCGCUGCGGAACUCACGGCUCCAAAUCUACUGCCGUCAAGGGGAAAAACCAGAAAUUCGCCUACAUUUGGGUGGGAAACUCGGAGACUCAGUGCCCCGGCUACUGCGCGUGGCCGUUCCACCAGCCAAUUUACGGCCCCCAGACCCCGCCGCUGGUGGCUCCCAACAACGACGUCGGCGUCGACGGAAUGGUGAUCAAUUUGUCUGGGCUUCUGGCCGGAACCGCCACGAAUCCCUUCGGAAACGGCUUCUACCAGGGCCCGGCCGAUGCCCCGCUGGAGGCGGCGACGGCGUGCCCCGGGGUGUAUGCGAAGGGGGCGUACCCUGGUUACGCCGGAGAUUUGCUGGUGGAGAAGUCUAGUGGUGCUAGCUACAAUGCGCAUGGUGCCGACGGCAGGAAAUAUUUGCUUCCGGCGAUAUAUGAUCCGUCUACUUCCAAAUGUUCCACUUUGAUUUAGUUUUUUUUUUCUUUUAAUAUAGAAAAACAAUGUAAUAGAAAUUCAUUUAUUCAUUUUUUUUUGUAAAACCAAGCAAAUUAUUGCGGUUUGCUUUAUAUUAAAAAUUAAAAAGGUUAUCUAUUGGUUAAAAA